CUCUCCGGAGCGACAUUCAGACAGAGCAGGCUCCAGGCCACCACGAUGCCCGCACCUGCCUCCCCACCCCGCCUGCCUCGGCCAUCCCUGCUGCUGCCUCUGCUGCUGGGCCUCACAGGUGUGGCAGGUGAGGCGGAGCUGCAGGUGAUCCAGCCUGAGAAGUCAGUGUCUGUCGCAGCUGGACAGACAGCCACUCUGCACUGCAGUCUGACCUCCCUGCUCCCCCUUGGGCCGGUUGAGUGGUUCAGGGGAACAGGGCCAGCCCGGGAGUUAAUCUUCAGUUUCAGAGGAGGCCACUACUCCCGAGUGACAAAUGUUUCAGAUACCACAAGGAGAAACAGCACGGACUUUUCCAUCCGCAUCAGUAACAUCACCCCAGCAGACGCCGGUACCUACUACUGUGUGAAGUUCCAGAAAGGGACCCCUGAUGUGGAGUUUAAGUCUGGACCAGGCACCAGGAUGUUUGUACGUGCUAAGCCCUCUCUUCCAGAGGUUUCUGGCCCCUCCAACAGGGCCAGCCCAGGCCAGACAGUGAAUCUCACCUGCACAUCAACUGGCUUCUUUCCCAAAAACAUACAGCUGAAAUGGCUUGAAAAUGAUGUGGAGCUUCCGGCAUUUCAGACUCUGGUCUUCCUGCCUAGAGAUGCUGGAUCCUACACCAUCGUCAGCACGGUGCUGGUGACCCUUGACUUAUCCUCACUCCACUCCCAGCUCACCUGCCAAGUGGCUCACAGUACAUUGCAGAGCCCCCUCAGUAGGCACGUGAACAUCUCCAAAUUCCUCCAAGAGGACAAAGAGCUGUUCACCUGCAAAGUGCGGCAAGAGGCCCAGCCACCGAUCCAGGCCCACGUG